GGAAGGAGUUUGUGAAGACAUUUAAAUUAUAGUUCGUAUAGAUAUUAUAGGUUUGUGCAUUAAAUUUUGAUUCUAAAUUUAUGAUAUAAAAUAGUUUCUGUUAUCGUUUCUGUUUUGUCUUUUAUUGUGGAAAACUUGGGUUUCAAUAAAAAUCGCUAUGGAAGUAAAACCUAAAUUUCAGUCAGUUUCCGAAGUACGCCACAUCUUUACUUUAGCUAUGGUGAAUACUCUAUUCGAGUGGGGUUAUUACAGUGAUAAAAAUACCUAUAUAACAACUUUAUAUGAGGAUUUAAAUAAACUCUGUGAAGAAUUCCAAAACGGUGAAUGCUUUUGCUGUGUAUGGUUAUUCAUUUUUUAUGUGCGCCUUCUUGAAGACAUGGCAGACGAGCUAUCAAUUCCGUACUCUACCAUGCCAAUCGAGGUAACUGAAUGGGCUUUAAACAAUUUGGACGAAGCUAUUUGUCGUUGCGAAGUUAAGAGUGAUGAUGAUACUUCCACAGAAUCCGAAGAUAUUGAUGAUGAUGAUAUAGAUGAAUAUGCUGGAAUUGAUGAAAGUGAUAAUGAUGAUUAUGACGAUGAUGAUGAUGAUUGUGAUGAAUUUGAUGAGGAGGAUGAGGAGGAUGAGGAAUCGGUUGAAGAAGUGGAGGAUGAGAGUGAAGAUGACUAAUAUUAUUUGUAUUUUUAUUCUAAAUUUUUUUAUAUAUAUAAGUUUAUA